AGUGUAGAGUGAUGAUACGCUGGUGAAGGUUGCCUUUCAUGGUUGAGUUGACUGCUAGCAAUGGUACACAAAAUUGUGAAACAGUAUAAGUGCUGUUGCAUAACCUCGUCCAAUAAUUUGUCAUAUUUCGUUGAUAACUAGAGUCGCAUUUUGUGUGCAUGAUCAAGUGGAAAGUAGUUGUGGUAUCAUUUUCUCGAGGUAUUGCUGGUUUAUUCUGUAAUUGAAUCCUCACAGAUAAGAGUAUUGCCAUAAUAAAAGUACGAUUUUGUAGGAAGAAAUCUCCCGCGGCCAGGUUUUGCUACGAGUAUAUAACGUGGAUAGCACGAAUUAAUUUCGCACAUCCAAUUUUCACUGACCCAGAACAGGAAUGUGACUCGUAAGCACACAUCGUAAAAUGGGCAUACUCAAAACUUUGAUAAUAAUUACAAAUUUUUGCUUUGUGGCUAGGUAACAUUAUUAUCAUAAUACUUUCACACACGUUUAUCAAGAGUAAUCCUUGAAAUUACGCCUCUUAGCGGAGUUCCUAGAUAUUUUUAAUUUUUUCGCCCAUUGGGCCAGAGAAGAGAAAAAUGUGCCUUAAUCUCUACCAGAUCACGGUGCUAGUGGCGGCCUACACAGUGAUUCAAUGUUUGGGCUACAUCGGCAUCAACGUCGUGCUCAUACUCGUAGGCACUGAGACCAUGAGAGGCAAAGGCGGCUCCUUCGUACAGUACGCCUCGUAUUAUCUCGAUUGCGGAACAUCGCAGAACGCGACGCCAUGUUCAGAAUUGAAGCCGCUGAACCCUAACGCAGUGUUCGCGUACGAGUGUUCAUACACCGCCCUACACGCCUUCUGGAUAGCUGGGGCUAUUGUGCUGCUUACACAAUUGUUCAAGAAAAGAGUAUGGGGAGACUACGUUUUGUGGCUCAUCGCCGGCGCACUUAUCAUUAUCCUAGAUACGGUCACGGGAGUCUUCUACAGUAUGGACAUUGGGCGCAGAGAAGGCAAUGCCCACAACGCAGCAGUGAUGAUGAUGCUAAUAUCCUUCCGCGGAGUGGCUUUGUACGUCCUAAACAUCGUCUGCUUCGUGAUCGUGGCGAGGGCGCUUCGUGACGUGAGGCAUGACGCACUCAACAGCAACGCAGCCAACAGCAAAGUUGCUGAUCCACCAGUGGUAACACCCACAAGUGCGAUACGAACUCCAACAACACAAGACAGUCAACAUUUAACGUUGACCGAAACAGACUCGCUGAAACGAGCCGGCAUUACACAGGUCGAAUUGCAGCCCAUCGUUCACGCAGCAACGGCAAGUUCAAGCCACGAAGAAACUCCAACUAACACAGAAAUCGUGAGGCCAGUGCAAGAGACGCCUCGGUUCGUAGGGUAUCAGCCAAAUCCUAGUCUUGCGGCGCAGCAUCAGCAAGUUAUUGCACAAAUGGGAGAGGGAUCAAGAGCGGCGUCCAUGUAUAGGAAUGAGGAUCAAUAUAAUAAUAUGCCACAGUAUCAGUAUGACGAUCCUGAGAAUGAGGACCUCACAGAAGAUGCAGCCGCCCUACCGUAUGACUCGUACUAUGAAGAUAACAACGGCCAUGACUUCAAUGAAGACUUGCCAACCGAGCAUCCAUCGUAUCGGAUGUCGCUGAGAAGAGAAAAUACGGCACCAGGCUACUCCAACCGGUACGAAUACGAUAAUCCCGAACAGAUUCUUGACGAUUACAAGGACGAAGAAUUCUACGGCAGCGCUCGACCGCCAGUGCCUGCCCGGCCGCCAGCGCGUGAGGAGCAUCGUGUGUCGACGAGCGGCGUUAAACCGCCUGUACCGAAGCGACCUACGCCAAAAGCGGACUACGAAGAAGUUGAAACGCCUCCCACAGGGCUAAUUCCUCCAAAGAAGGUGCCGUUCGACGUGCGUCCGUUCUCUUACAUCAACCCUGGCUUCCGGCCCGCGGACCACGGCGACGUACGAGCAAUGAAAAGCCACAAGGCCGACAUAAAGAAAACUUUAGAAGAAGAUCUUGAGAAUCUUAAAGCUAAAGAGAAUAAAAUUGAUGCACGCGAUAACGACGAUAGUGACGACGGAACGCCCGUGAUCAAAUCCAUCGUCGAUGAAACAUCAGGACGCGGAAAGCACCAGGCCAAACAUCGAGCAAAAGCUACCACAUCGUCGACCUAUGAUGACGGCAGCAGUGAUGAUGCCGAUUCAGUUGCCGAGUCGCCCAGGGAUUCAACACGGGCCUACGAAGGAGAAGAGUCAUCCUAUGACGUCAACCUCAUCACCGCUGUCUGAGCCGAGAUUAUACGAGUCUACACAAUGGGAUUAUGAACUUGAUUUAAGUUUACUUCAAUAAGUGCUGCUGGAGCAUUGUUGUUAAUAACGCGAUCUAAAAUAGAAGCCAAAUCAAUUUUGUUAUUGAUAAACUUCAAUUCGUCGAAAAUUAUAAAAUUUCACGGUAGAUUCCUCCCGUUAAAUGGAGGGAAAAAUUUGAUUAGAUCUAUUAGUGUAUUAUUGGAGCCAAGGGCAUUAGAUUGUAAAGCAGAGAAUACCUAAUAUAAGAAAAUCAUUUUAAUGGAGAUAGCUACGCAUGACAUUUUAGGGCUGGCCGUUCGAUGAUAUGUCACAAACGCAAAGUUCGCGGCUCGAUACCAAACGAAUGGAAAAUUUCUCCAAAUAAAAUAAAAUCACAACUAAAAAUGAAUA